AUGAUUUCCAAAAAAUAUUUAAAUAAUAAAUCAUUUAUUCUUUUAAAAUCAACAAUUCCACAUUCUAAUUAUUAUAUUAAAAAUUUAUUUGCAAGUAAUUCAAGUACUUCAAAUUCAUCAACAGAUUAUAUUGAUGAAAGAGAAAAUCAUCAACCAAUUAAAAAAGAAAAAUUAAUUAAAAAUAAAAUAAUUAAAAAAACAGCCUUUCAAAGAUUUAAAGAAAUUUUGGAGUUUAAACCUGGAAAUGUUCCUCAAACAAAUUUGGGAGUUAUCGACAAAAAGGGAGGAUUGGUACAAUUAGAUGUGGAUAUUCCUUUAAAUGUUUUGUUAGAAGAUUCUCCAAAAAUUUUGAAAAAAGAAGCGAAGAAACUUUCUACUCAUUUUCGACAAAAAUUUUAUCUAGUCGAUCAUCCAAAUUUAUUGCGAAAGCAGAGUGAUACAGCACAUACAGAAACAUUUAUUCAAUAUGAAUUUAGAAAUGAUGAAGAUUUUGAAUAUUGGCAGACGGGAAGUGAUUCUGAUUGGAGUGAAGGGUAUUCUAAAUGUGAUUUUUACAAAACUGAUAGAGGAACUGCUAUUUUUGAAGGAUAUUUAAGUCAAAAAGUUGUUAAGGAUGGAAGGACAGAAUGUGCAGGAUGGUGUUCGAUAAAAACAAUUGACAUGAUGUCGUUAAAUUUAAAGAAAAGAUAUGAGGAAUGGGGAUAUUACAGCCAUUUACUUAUUAAAGUUUUUCUUUUUAAAUUUUCAAAAUUUAUAUUUUUCAAGUGUCGAGGUGAUGGCCGUUCAUACAAAAUAAUGUUACAUUCACCAGAAAGUUGGGAUAUAACUUGGGGAGAUACCCAUUCAUAUCCAUUACAUACUCAUGGAGGCCCUUAUUGGCAAUUUGAAAUGAUUCCAUUUUCUAGAUUUUUUUAUACAUAUGGUGGAAGAAUAAUGGAUAGACAAUUACAAUUUUAUCAAAAUUGUGCCAGAUUAGAAAUUGACUUUAUUGGAGUGACUAAUGAUAAAACACACACAGAAGAACUCGCUUAUGAAACUUUUAAUACUCCCUUUACCUAA